CCUAAACCCAAACUUUUCGCUUCUCGUGCCAUGUUUGAAUCUAAAAUCCAUGAUCACAAACUUGGGUUUGCCCCUCAACGUCCCAACAUAAGAACAGAUGUAUUCAACAAUUUGAAAAUCUACGUCUAUGACUUGCCUUCAAAGUUCAACAAAGACUGGUUAGUCAACGAUAGGUGUAGCAACCACCUCUUUGCCGCGGAGGUGGCUCUCCACAAGGCGUUUCUCAGCCUCGAAGGAGACAUACGAACGGAAGAUCCGUACGAAGCCGAUUUCUUCUUUGUUCCUGUCUAUGUCUCUUGCAACUUCAGCACCAUCAAUGGCUUUCCAGCUAUAGGUCACGCGCGAACACUCAUCAAUGACGCGAUUAAGCUCGUCUCUACCCAAUACCCGUUUUGGAAUCGAAAUAAUGGCUCUGACCACGUCUUCACCGCCACACAUGACUUUGGCUCUUGCUUCCACACCAUGGAGGAUAGAGCAACUGCUGAUGGAGUACCAAAGAUUUUGAGAAACUCUAUAGUUUUACAAACAUUUGGUGUUACUUAUAACCAUCCAUGCCAAGAGGUAGAGAAUGUGGUGAUACCGCCGUACAUCUCACCGGAAAGUUUACACAAGACUCGAAAGAAUAUUCCGGUAACUAAAGAACGAGACAUUUGGGUUUUUUUCCGGGGCAAGAUGGAACUUCAUCCCAAAAACAUAAGUGGACGCUUCUAUAGCAAGCGUGUACGGACGAAUAUAUGGAGAAGUUACGGUGGUGACCGGAGGUUUUAUCUUCAACGGCAAAGAUUUGCCGGUUACCAGUCAGAAAUAGCUCGUUCUGUUUUCUGUUUGUGUCCUCUCGGGUGGGCACCGUGGAGCCCAAGACUUGUUGAAUCGGUGGCUCUUGGAUGUGUACCGGUGGUUAUAGCCGAUGGGAUCCGUUUGCCGUUCCCUUCCGCCGUACGUUGGCCGGAUAUUUCACUCACGGUGGCGGAGAGAGACGUUGGAAAACUCGGUGAGAUUUUGGAACACGUGGCGGCUACUAAUUUGUCAGUCAUACAGAGAAACUUGGAGGAUCCGUCUGUUAGGCGGGCCCUUAUGUUUAAUGUUCCUUCAAGAGAGGGAGAUGCCACGUGGCAAGUUUUGGAGGCUUUGUCAAAGAAAUUGAAUAGGUCUGUUAUUAGAAGGUCAAACUCUUUCUUGUAAACCAAUACAAUUUUGACACAUGU